AAUGUUCUUCCACCAAUACAGCUCAUUAUCGUGAGUGACUUUCUACUUAACCAAUAAAUUAUCCGAGAAGAUUAUUUGGUGAGUAAGGGAAGAAAACAAGGCGGUCUUUCAGGAAAUGGCUCUCUUACCGUCUUCCAACACCAAUUCACAUACACAGUAAGACCAUCUGGUGGUUGAAAAAUCCAACAAGGAUAGGGGACGCUACUAGCCCAACAUGGUUUCGCUUGGAUUUCGCGUGGAUUGACCCAAUAAUGCUGUCGCUUAUGGCCAAUAGAUGAAGGUACACAUCAACACGCCGAUCUACCAUUUUCGCGUUAUCAUCAGGUACAAGUCGAAGUGCAAUUUCUGUAAUAAGAAUAUCUGGACCGAACAGCGUAGAAGUCAUCCGUAAGAUGACGAGACUGAACAAAGAAAACAUCAUUCCAAGAAAAGCAUUGCUACGCAAAAUAGUAGAUCCAAACAAUGGGGACCUAUUGGAUAAUGGACUUGUGCUCUGGUUCCCCCAUCCACAUAGUUUUACAGGUGAAGAUUCUGUAGAGCUACAUGUGCAUGGUGGCAUUGCCGUUGUGUCAUCCAUAAUCAGUGCCCUGCAGAAAUUACCUGGAUUUCGCAUCGCUGAGGCAGGAGAGUUUACUAAAAGGGCAUAUCUAGCAGGGAAGCUUGAUGCCACAGAAGUAGAGGGGCUGGCAGAUUUGUUACGAGCUGAAACAGAAACACAAAGACGCCAAGCCAUAAGACAGGCUACAGGGGAACUAGCAGAGUUGUAUAAUAAAUGGCGAACUUCCAUUCUCACCUGCAUGGCUCACUUGGAAGCUUAUGUUGACUUUGGAGAGGAUCAAGAUAUUGGACAUGAAGUACUAAGCUCACUUCAGUAUGCAAUCCAGUCAUUAAAAUCUGAGGUUGGCAGUCAUUUAAAUGACAACAGAAGGGGGGAGAGACUACGAAACGGAGUAAGGGUAGCAAUUAUCGGUGAACCUAACGUUGGAAAAUCAUCUUUAAUCAACAUACUGAGUCGCAGGAAUGUUGCCAUCGUUUCUCCGUAUGCUGGGACAACACGUGAUAUUGUAGAAAUUUCAUUAGAUAUCGGAGGCUACCCAAUUGUCUUGUGUGAUACGGCGGGCUUAAGGCAUUCAGUGGAUCCUGUCGAAAACGAGGGGCUCAGACGAGCUCGAGAGGCUGCAUCCACUGCCGAUUUGGUGAUUAUUGUAAUGGAUGUUUCGACAGGACCAGCCAAACUAUUGCAGUUAUCUACAAAAGAAAUGGCCCGUCUCGAGUGUGAACGCCUCAACCUAUCAUUCAAUGCUGAAGGCAAUUACCUCGUCCUAUUAAAUAAACUCGAUCUUACUUCAUCCAGCGUGUCAAUCAAUCAGUCAGCUGUGUCAGCUCUUUCGUGCAAGACCGGACAGGGCCUCGAAGAAUUUCUAGUCGAUCUGGAGAAAAAAUUAGCUGAGCUGUGCGCCAAUCCGAUGCAGGAAGCGCCACUAAUCACAAGUUCCAGGCAACGCCAUCACGUCCAAGUCGCUUUUAGACAUUUGGAGAAAUUCCUGGACAUUAUCGAGCAGCAAGGUGAUUUGGCCCUGGCCGGCGAACAGCUUCGCCGAUCGGCCAAACAGAUCGGUUCAAUCACUGCCCGUGGCAAGAUCGACACCGAAGAAAUGCUGGACGUACUCUUUCGAUCGUUUUGUAUUGGAAAGUAGCUGCGCACAAGAACAUGAGAUGAAUGAUAAAGAUCAAAAUAAAAUAGAUCAUUUUUUCCACGAGCACAUUUGUUUGUUUUUUUCCUUUCCAAAAUCAGUUUCGUAGGAGUGAAAUUGUUCGGAAGGAACUUGUCGUUCCCACCGUCACAAAACACGCAAGUCAAAAAAAAAUUCUUUAAAUUAAAACAGAGAAAUAGAGAUAGAAAGAAACAGAAAAGCAUAUCAUUUCGUCACAAAUUUUCAAAUCAAAAAUGGAGGGGAGCGGUGGCAGAUUUGAUAAUAUUAUUUGAUCGACAGCUAAAUAAAAUAAACGGGGGG